AUGGCUCCAUUUCUAGCUUCAGUGCUUAUCUGUGCCAUGGUGGCGGAGGGCCUUCGGGCAGGACCUUCUGCAGAAUAUGUUGUUUACCCAAGACUUGUGGAAGCAAGAGGACUGAAUGGAACAAAGCAACUUCAAGUCAAUGAGAAAAUUACUCUGCAUUUAGAGAAGAGUUCUGUACUCGCUGAAAAUCUAGUUGUAUCAACAAUUAAUGGCGACGAGCAAGUGGAUACUUUGGUAGAUGGCAGAGAAGUGGAAAAGGACAUUUACCGUGAUCAAAGUAAAAUGGCAGCGGUAUCUGUCACAGAGAAAGACGGAUCUGUGGAAGUGAGGGGGUCUUUGGGCCACACGCUGAGGAUUGCCCCUCUGCCACUGAUGGGGCGCUCUGAAGAUGGACGCAUCGCACACAAAGUUUUUGAAAUCGAAGAUCCGGCGGAAUUCAAAACUGACUACAUAGUCCCAUCGGAACGGAAUAUCCCGCUAACACGACAACCAAUACGACCUCAAGUAAAAUUGCCCGACCUUUUCCUUGCCGAGGUGCAUUUUAUUUUCGAUGAAAACCACAGUAGACACUUUGCCGGGGUAUCGAGCCUUUUAAAGUAUGCAGCAUUAACUGUUAACAUGAUAAACAUGCGAUACGCCGUUAUGACGCAUCCAAGAGUUCAGUUUGUUCUGGUUGGUGUUUCUACCAUAACAGGGAGGGACUCUAUUACGGAAAUAGUAGAAGAUCAAGAUGUCUUGAGGCCACACACCCACAGGAAAAAAUACGCGCUAUCUGAGAAAACGCUGGAGAAUCUUGCAGAUGCUGUUUACACCAAUAAGAUUAAAGUCAUUGCAGACCUCACCGUCUUGGUUACAUCGUUGGACUUUGCAGAUUAUGAAAAUGGACAACUCUCUAAUGGCGUCUUGGGUGUUGCCUACCUUGGGGGUAUGUGCAGUAUACGUCUGCGAGCUGCCGAAACAGAGGACACACCUCAUACAUACAGCAUGGUCUCCAUUUUAGUGCACGAACUCGGGCACUCGCUUGGAAUGGUUCAUGAUGGGGACAAAGCAGUCUAUAGCACUGCUAGAUACAAACAUCAUGUAUGCAGUGCACGUGAUGGCUACACGAUGGCACCUGUUGCACACGGCGCUCGGGAUGGACAAUGGUCUUCGUGUUCCUUGGAACACUUGCGUGGUUUUCUUGAGACUCUAAAACAGGCUUGCUUUGAUAUGUUAUCAGCGAAACAUUACCAGAUAAAUAUGACACGAUUUCCGGGAGCGGACAUUACAAAGCAACAAUUGUGUGAGAAAAAGUAUUCAGACUUCAAGGGCGUGACCGUUCAUCCCGAAUCCCUAAAUGCCGCGGAUUGCAGAAUAUGGUGCUGUCCUCGUAAUUUCAGCCGCCGAUGUCUACAAGCUCAUCUUACGGAUGGAAUGGAAUGUAAAAAAGGAUUUUACUGUGUCAAACACCAAUGCGUUGAGAAGGUGACGCACCAGCCAUCCAGGCCAGCGCCGCCUGCACGUUAUACAACACGGUCAACGACAACAACCACUACACGGAGGAGACUCACCACUCGAAGAAAUUGGUGGGCGUUUCGGCCGUACAUGGGCCGAGACAGUAGAAACCCCGACUCGAAGAGCACCCAUCAGUCAAGGACGGACGCAGUUUUAAGGAAGACGCAUCAUUCGCUCGUGGAGCGGGCCAGGGCUACACUCCCACAUUAAUUGGACUGCGCCCAAUCUC